GGCGGUGCACAUGUUGCUAGAGAUCUGGGGAGGGCAGCAGUGCGUGGAAGCUGCUCUAAGCAGGAAGACGAUCAAAACAGAAAGACAAGAGAAAGAGAGAGAGAGAGAGAGAAGUGGGAGAGAAAAAAUAAGUCCUUUUUUUUUACACACAGAUAUUUUAAAUGAUUUAAUUGAUAUUUUGGGGGAAAUACGUUCAAGUGCACACUGGAAUUUGUAGGUUUUGUUUUGCUCAAUCCUGUACGGUCGAGGGAAGGAUUUAUCUUUGCGGAGAUCCAUUGAAAGUUGAACUUGUGCGGGGAGAAGGAGAAGGGGGGAGGGAGGGGGGGGUCGGCUGAAGUUGUGUGGAGAGUGAGGGAAGGGGAGAGAUUCGGCCAGGGACGAUGAGGGUGAAACUGGGCUUCCUCUUACGCAGCCUGCUGAUCGUCGGCACUUUCCUGGCUCUGGUGACGCUCUGGUCCAGGCUGCUGUCGACGCAAGGCGAGGAUGGCGACCCCUUCGCACGGCAGAUGCCCGGAAGAGAUGUCAACAAGCCAAAUAUUCCCAAUAAUGGACCUGUUGUGAAUAACAAAUUUCAACCCGUUGUCCCUUGGCCUCAAGUUGAAGGAGUGGAAGUGGACCUCGAAUCAAUUCGACUAAAAAAUAAAAAUGUACCCCAGCAGGGUGCUGCUGACAAUAACCAACAGAAUGCAAUACAGAAACAGUAUCUUACUUUCAAGCCACAGAAAUUUGCUUACCCCGAUCCCGUGUUGAAAAAUGGUGUGUUGGGGAACUUUGAGACCAAACAAGCUGAACCACCGGGCGUUGCCAAUGGCCCCGGAGAAGAAGCAAAGCCUUUGGUACUGGGUGCUGAAUAUAAAGAUGUUGUGCAAUCAAGCAUCAAGGAAUUUGGUUUCAACAUGGUGGCCAGCGAUCAAAUAUCACUGGAUCGAUCGAUCAAUGAUCUGAGACAUGAAGAGUGCAAAUACUGGCAGUAUGAUGAGCGUCUACUCACAUCCAGUAUCAUCAUUGUCUUCCAUAAUGAAGGAUGGUCAACACUUAUGAGGACCGUCCACAGUGUGAUCAAGAGGACUCCCAAAAAGUACCUUGCAGAAAUAGUUCUAAUUGAUGAUUACAGUAACAAAGAACAUUUAAAGGAAAGGUUAGAGGAGUAUUUGAAACAAUGGAAUGGAUUAGUCAAGGUAUUUCGAAACGAAAGAAGAGAAGGAUUAAUUCAAGCAAGAAGUAUUGGUGCUCAUAAAGCGGCACUUGGGCAGGUUUUGAUAUAUCUAGAUGCUCAUUGUGAAGUUGGACCUAACUGGUAUGCUCCACUUAUAGCCCCCAUAACUGCAGACAGAACUACAUGUACAGUUCCCCUUAUAGAUUACAUAGAUGGCAAUGACUUUACCAUUGAACCACAGCAAGGUGGGGAUGAGGAUGGUUUUGCCAGAGGGGCCUGGGAUUGGAGCUUACUGUGGAAACGUGUACCAUUGAACAGUCGUGAAAAGGCCAGAAGAAUGCAUAAAACUGAGCCUUAUCGGUCCCCAGCUAUGGCUGGGGGGUUGUUCGCUAUUGAACGAGAUUUCUUCUUUGAGCUGGGGCUCUAUGAUCCUGGUCUUCAAAUCUGGGGAGGUGAAAACUUCGAGAUAUCCUACAAGAUAUGGCAGUGUGGAGGAAAAUUGUUAUUUGUACCAUGCUCUCGUGUUGGUCAUAUUUACCGUUUGCAUGGGUGGGCAGGGAACCCACCACCAGCUUACGUAGGAUCAUCUCCAACCUUAAAGAAUUACGUUCGCGUAGUAGAGGUAUGGUGGGAUGAAUAUGCCGACUAUUUUUAUGCAAGUCGUCCCGAAACAAAAGCCAUGGCUUAUGGAGAUAUAACACCACUGAAGAAGUUUCGUGAGGAACACCACUGCAAGAGUUUUAAAUGGUUCAUGGAAGAGAUAGCUUAUGACAUUCCAGAACACUACCCACUACCAGCUAAAAAUUUAGAAUGGGGAGAGAUCAGAGGACACGAAACUGAUUAUUGCAUUGACAGCAUGGGCCACACCAAUGGUGGAUUUAUCGAGCUGGGGCCUUGCCAUAGAAUGGGAGGAAAUCAGCUGUUUCGAAUCAACGAAGGCAAUCAAUUGAUGCAGUACGACCAGUGCUUGACCAGAGGAACUGAUGGCUCAAAGGUUAUGAUUACACACUGUAAUAUGAAUGUAUAUAAAGAGUGGCAGUAUAUAAAGACAUUGCACAGAUUCACACACAUUCCUACGGGCAAAUGCUUAGACCGCUCCGAAGUGCUUCACCAGAUUUUCAUCUCAGAUUGUGAUUCUGCCAAAACCUCGCAAAAGUGGGAGAUGAAUAACCUUCUUGCAGUGUAGUUUGUCAUGUAAAUGUACAAGAUGGAGAAUUAUCUGUAUAUUGCUGCAAAAAAUAUGUACAGCUCAGUGUGUAAAUAUUUUUUGACACACUUUCGAUGAAGGAUCUAGAAAAAUUGUGAUUAUGUAAUGGUCAAAAUUAUGCAAUUACAAAAUUACAAUAUAAUUUUUUUAAAUAUCUUGAAAAUUCUUAGAUGUUUACAACUUAUUUUGCUGUUAUUUUGACACACUUUCCCUUAGUAAUAAGGUGCAAUCCAAUUCUUUGGGGGAUAACACUCAGGGGCAUUGAACAUUGGUGGCUUUUCCUCAAUAAGUACUUUGUAAUCAGGAUCAACUAAUUUCCCCAAUAAAACGAGAGCUGAAUUUUAAGUUCUGAACUUUUCAGUAUAUUUGGUGUACGUUCAUCACAGAGAGCCCGAGAAUUGGGUUUUUUUUCCAAUUUUUUAAAAAAUCCAAUAACAAUUGUCUUAAUCAUCUCCAAUCUUGGACAUUGAGAGUGAUUAUCUGUGAUGUCUAAUGGCUCUUGCUCAGUCUUUUACAAAUUUUCCAGUGUAGGGAGAGUGGGAAUGGGAAUAGGGGUUGGGUUAUUGGUGGACAGGGUGGUGUUCUUUGCACUUAUCAACUUGAUUCUAACAUUGUCAGUUGCCAACAGGAAAGGUGCUAUUAUCGCUACAAACAUUGAAUAUUAUAAAUAGACAUUACAUUUUUUUCACGGACAAGUACAGAGAUGGGAUACACUAAGACGUUCUCCUAGUGAAUCCCGAAGGUCCCUUUCUGACCAGUGACACCAGCCCCUGCUUCAUCUGACACCCAGUUGAAGACCUAUGAGCUCUCCUAUGAGUGAAAGAGAUUGAACAAUUCAUAUUUUCAGCAUUGAUCUCAGAAUUCUCUUCCAAUAUCUCAGCUGGCUUGGGUUCAGAACUUUGAUACUUUGACCUUUUUACACAGUAGAGCUCUAAAAACCAUGUGCUGCUUUGUAACCACUCUAUUUAUUGAAAGAAUGAAUAUUUAUCUUGAAGUAUUUGUAGUUUAUGUUGAUUCCUGAACUCGCAUUGCCGUUUUUACACAUCUUGGGUUUGUUGUGCAAAGUUCGUUUACACAGAUGACAGUUUCCUCCAAAUGCUUUUGUGUAAAAAUGUUGCCAUAUAUCAAUGGGGAAAUUAGCUGGCCUGAAUUACUCUGUACCAUACAAAAUAUAUUUUUCUAUAAUGUACUUGAAUGUUGGUCGGAAUAAAGGUGUACUUUAAUGUCAUGGCUGCAGCAGUUGAUCACAGGGAAUGAAAGGUUUUUUUUUUCUUAACCAUUGCCACGUUAAAGAGAUGAAUUUCUUAAAGUUACUGUGCUAUUUAAGUCCAGCACAGGUGAUCUGUAAAUGAUUGAAGAGCAGGUUAAAAAAUCAUCUGCCAAAACACAUCCUUGAUAAUGCAUCUAUGUACGGCAUUGUUGUGCAAGGUUUAUUCUUUUGGUUAUAUACAAGCAUUGACAAACAAAAUAAUCCCACAAAUGGAAAUUCCUGUACAUACUGAAAAAUGGGGAUGACUUUAGCAGGCUAAAAUUUGGGGUGGAAAUGGUAUCCAACUUUUUUCAAAAAUCAAAACUACUGUUCGUUUUUGCUGUACAUUUGUUCUGAAAUUGUCACCAAGCCAAAUAAAACGAACUACAACAUG